AUGUCCCAACCUUCUGCCCAGGCGAAUGCAAUACGUGCCCCCGAGGAGUACUUCGACCUUGGCUCGUUUCACCGGCCUGUUAGUACCAGUAGCCCCGAAGCUCAGGUCUGGUUCAACCGUGGACUUGCAUGGAGCUACGGGUUCAAUCAUGAAGAAUCAGCCGAGUGUUUCACGAAGGCCAUCGCCCUAGACCCUGGCUGUGCGAUGGCUUCUUGGGGCUUGGCCUACGCCCUCGGACCAAACUACAAUAAACCAUGGGAAUUCUUCGAUGGCAAAGAAUUGCAGUCUGUCGUGGAGCGGACACAUGCCGCGGUCGAGAAGGCAAAAGCUGAAGCUGCCAAUGCUACUGCAGUUGAGAGGGCCCUAAUCGAUGCGCUCGAGUUCAGAUACCCACAAGCUCAACCAGCUGUUGACUGCUCGAUCUGGAACCAACCCUAUGCUGACGCGAUGCGGUCGGUCUAUGCAUCUUUCCCUGAUGAUCUCGAUGUGGCUGUCCUCUACGCUGACUCCCUGAUGAACCUCACACCUUGGAAGCUGUGGGAUUUGUCCACGGGCAAGCCUGCUCCUGGAGCACGCACGCUUGAGGUGAAAACCGUUCUGGAACGAGCACUGAGUCAUAGUAGUGGUCGACAGCAUCCAGGCUUGUUACAUCUCUAUGUCCACCUCAUGGAGAUGUCAGCCGCUCCGGAGACUGCCAUGCCUAUCGCGGACCGUCUGAGAGGAUUGGUUCCCGAUGCUGGCCACCUGCAACAUAUGCCCACGCACUUGGACAUUCUAUGCGGCGACUAUCGUCGGGCAAUCGCUUCCAACAUGGACGCAAUACAGGCUGAUGAGAAGUUCUUGGCCAGGGCAGGCCCUUUGAACUUUUAUACGCUUUACCGCUGCCACAAUUACCACUUUCGCCUAUAUGCUGCAUUGUUCGCUGGCCAGUCUCGAGUCGCGUUAGAGACUGCCGAUUGGAUCGAAGCAACAGUCCCAGAAGACCUGCUUCGUGUCGAAUCGCCUCCCAUGGCGGACUGGCUGGAAGCCUUCCAUGGCAUGCGAGCGCAUGUUCUCAUACGCUUUGGCCUGUGGCAGGACAUCCUUGAUCUGCCCCUUCCCAAAAAUCAGGACCUCUAUUGUGUAACCACAGCCUUGUUCCAAUAUGCUAAAGGUAUGGCGUUUUCAGCAACAGGGAGGCUCGAAGAAGCAGACAAGCAGCGUAUGAUCUUCGAUGAAGCGAUGAAGAGAGUAAAGUCAACCCGAACGCUCUUCAACAACGUUUGUCUGGACAUCUUGGCUAUUGCCAGGUCGAUGUUACAAGGAGAACUGGAAUACCGACGGGGCAACUUUCACGCCGCCUUCGAACAUCUUCGCCAGGCGAUCGCACUAGAUGAUUCACUGCCAUAUGAUGAGCCUUGGGGUUGGAUGCAGCCUCCGCGGCAUGCGUAUGGAGCACUCCUUCUCGAACGAGGCCUUGUGGAGGAGGCUGCUGCGGUGUAUAGUGCUGACUUGGGGUUUGAUGACACGCUACCUCGAGCCCUACGCCAUCCAAACAAUGUCUGGGCUUUGCAUGGUUACCAUGAAUGUUUGGGAAGGCUGGGCCGUGCGGCCGAGUCCCGCAUUGUCAAACAGCAACUGGACUUCGCCGUCGCCAUGGCGGACAUACCUGUCAAGGCGUCGUGUUUCUGCCGCACGGACGUCGAAUAA